UUGAACUGCCACAGUUAGGCGAGCACACUUACGCUAGGGAACGUUUUGAUCACCGAAAUAAGGAAAAGCCGUACUGAAAACUUUAUUCUUAUUUUACACGGAAGUCGAACUAGUUAACCGGGUUAAAUUCAGUCAGUCUUGCUUAAAUUUGUGAAGGCCCAUCCUAAGGCUCCACCAAAUAGAAACGAUGGCCAGCUAUUACAUGCAGCCAACUCCUUCCCAGGAAGAGUUAAAGAGGACUGAGAGCAACAAGAAUGAGAAGAAUUCCGAAGAAAGUCGACCAAUGCAUGAAGAUAGUGAUGCGGCUGUCGCUUCCUCGUCGGAGAGCGAGCUGCGGCCUUCUCGCAGUUCGGUGACCAAGGCCACUAGGAUUCCGGUUCCACUUUUCUUGGGUCCCACGGCCAAUAGCCGGAUCUACAGAUCCGUGAUGGUCCAGCGCAAGAGCCGCACCUCAUUGGCAAACCAGCAAAUGGCCGACGAUUCCGGCAUCAAUUUGGACUGCUCGAUGACCGAGGUGCACACUCCGCUUUCGACCAGACCCAGUCCAAUGGAGCAGACAAUGCUCGACAGGAUUCCGGCCACCAGCAGCGAGAUGGAGCUCCAACUGGAAGAGGAGCAGACCCUCAGAGAACUUCAACGUGUCGUCGCCGAAAUGGAGGCCGAUGUGGCCCUUCAUGAUAUGGAUAUGCAAGAUCUACAGCCCGGUGAUGACGAACAGGAUACACAGGUCCCAAAUGAAGCCUCCAGUGUUGGGAAUGGUGCCGAUAGUUUUGACGUAGAUAUGGAACAGCUAACCGAAACAGAAACUCUGCAGAAAACCUUUCCUGGCGAACCUGAAAAUCGUCUAGUCUAUGAAGAACUCCCGGCAGAGAAUAUACAGAUGGUUCAGGAAGAAAUUGCGCAGAAAGAGGAAUUUUCAGAAAUUAAGGAAACUGCCGUGGAAAUGGAAUCUGUAAAGGAAUACGAACUUUUCGAACAGUUGGCCGAAGAGCCAGUAGAAGAAUGCACAGAGAUCGUUCAACAGACCCCGCAGGAAGCUGUUGGCGGAGAAUCCGAUAAAUCUGUACCCGAAUCGGUAAUGGAGGAACUCGAAAUGGUCAUUGGUGGAAGUUGCGAGUCCGAACAGGACAGGCUUAUCCGGGAACAAUUCGAAAAAGGUCCUGAAACAAUGGGUCUCAAGUUUCAUCAACCGGCAGAUGAGAUUGUGUGCAUUGAUACGGAACCGGAGCUGGUCGCCAAUCUCUCGAGGGAUGGGUCGGUGGAAAGCAGCCAGGGAUUGGUUACUUUGGAAGAACUGUUUGAUCCGGAGCACAACGUGGAGCUACUGCGUCAACUUCUGCAGACCAUGGCAGAAGAUAACAGCGAAGCUGAUACAGCCCCAGACAUGACAGAAAGUGAGCAAACGGAAGAAAAGGAGACGGAAAUGGAGGCGUAUGUGGAAACCACCGAGAUCGAUGAGGAAAUGGAUCCGGACCUAAAGCAAACUGGCAAACCCUUAAGUAUCUUGCGGCGUCUGAUGAACCACAGAAUCCUAAAGUUUAGCUAUCCCAUAUUAUUCUGCAGCUUGGCUUUUAGUUUGAUCUACAUAUCGCGCAAGGAGUAGAAGUUAAAUUAUCUUAAAAUGCAAAUUGGAUUAUAUGUACGUGCGGAAGCAUAUAUUUGACUACGCAAUAUAUGCACAUACUUCAAAAUCGCCCGACGCAUUGGCAGAAGGUUGCCUAAAAUAUCUAUUUUCCAAAUAAAUAUGCACUAUAACCAG